GUUUAUAGACAAGUACCGAUGACCUGUGAAUCUGCACAACUUCCAAACUGGCUGCGUUUCUGAGAAUAUUGAAGAAAUUCACCCAAACGCUAACAUUAUGCAGCAGUCACUGUAAAUCUUAAUCCCAGAUCAACAUCGGGCCUGGUGCAUGAGUGAAGAUAAAUUAUGCUUAAUGGGGUCACGGUUAAGUUCAGCAGAGGUCACGGUAAUCUAUUUCUUGCAACAACGAUAUCCGAAUCCUUAUCUGGAUGGACAACUGAUACAUAGACAAUACCUCUAACAACACUAGAUCAUUCAGGAGCAGUCUGACCCCACACCAAUGCUAGAAUCUAUCAAUGCUGGAAUGGACGAUCAAAACGAGCAACAAGACGAUGUACAGAAGUCAGUCAGGAAGAAUGGCAGAUUUCAGAAUCCCUGGCCAACCUUCAACAAGCUCCCUGGUCUUUCAGAUACAUGCAAAUACAUGUUCUGCUCUAAGAAUUAUAGCGGUAUACCUUCAAAACGAGAAUUGGACCAAACAUUACCAAUAUUGAUACCAGAUGCUGAUGAAAUAAAACGCCCACCGCCGUCUGGUAUUCGCGUCACCUGGAUUGGACACGCUACAGUACUUGUGCAGUUCGACGGCAUAUCUAUAUUAACCGACCCUAUAUUUAGUAAACGUUGCGGACCAACGCAAUUCAUGGGACUCAAACGCUUCCGUGACCCACCGUGUACAAUUGACGAGUUGCCACAGAUCGAUGCCGUCGUUAUAAGCCACUCACACUACGACCAUUUAGAUCUUAACUCGGUCAAAAAGUUAAACUCUCGAUUUGGCCAAAGUUUACGCUGGUUUGUACCAUUGGGACUUUUACAGUGGAUGCAGAAUGUAGGCUGUCACAACGUGGUUGAACUUGACUGGUGGCAGGAGAGCUGUCUACCUGAACAUUCCGAAAUGACCUUCGUAUUCACUCCCACCCAGCAUAGCUGCCAACGUGGCAUUACAGACGUAGACACAAUUCUAUGGGGCAGUUGGACGGUCAUCGGACCUCGUUAUAAAUUCUUCUUCGGCGGCGACACUGCAUAUUGCGAAGCGUUUAAACAGAUUGGCAAGAGAUACGGCCCAUUUGAUCUGGCAGCACUACCAAUAGGAUCAUACGCACCCCAAUGGUUCAUGAAAUGGACCCACGUCAACCCCACUGAAGCUGUCCAGAUCCACCAAGACAUAAAAGCAAGGAAGUCAAUUGCAAUACACUGGGGCACCUUUACCAUGGCGGACGAGCAAUAUAUGGAGCCACAGCAGCUUUUGAGAGAGGCCCUAGAAGAAAUACAACUGUCUAAUGACGAGUUCUUCACCGCAAAACACGGAGAGACUCGUCUUUUAUUUUAAGGUUGAAAGUGAAAACAGGAAAUGACAUCAAAGAAGAUGUAUGUAAUUGAAUGUACGCGGUAUAUAGUGAUGUGUCAUGAAUUAAUCAUUUCAAAGAAUACAUUCCAUAUGUUGAGAUGCCAGAAGGGACUUGAAAACCAAAGGCAUGUCAAACCU